CGCGGCAGAGACGGGAAAACUUCUCUCCUGGCUUGCAGACGGCAGAGGAAAAGUUGGCAGCUCAACUGUUAAACUGCCCUGCGAGCGCUGGGUGUUGACAUCAGUGUGAUCUCACCGCUGUAACUUGAGCCUGCAGGCUUUUCCUCCGGACUGCCCAUAAAUAGGGGUGCUGGGAGCCGGCACGGCACAGAUCGCUCUGCUCAGCCCGAGGCGAACCAGCAGCACCCCACAUAGAUGAAAGCGAAGCGAAGCUGCAGCGCUCCAGCCAUGUCCAGCUCCCUGCGCGUCAGUCCCUCGGUCCACGGCUACCGCUUCGACACCGCCCUGCGCAAGAAAGCCGUGGCCAACAUCUUCGAAAGCAUCAACGAAGAGUCCCUGCAGAAGCUCUUCAAAAACUCCGGGGACAAAAAAGCUGAGGAAAGAGCCAAGAUCAUCCUCGCCACCGACCAAGACCUGGAGGAGAAAACCCGAGCGCUGAUGGCUCUAAAGCAGAGGAGGAAAGACAAACUGCUGCAGUUCCUGACGCUUCGGAAAUACUCCAUCAAGGUCCACUGAGCCGGCCGAGGGAGCAGCCAUGGAGGAGAACAUUUUGGGACCUCCUGCCACGCACGGCACCAGCUGCUGCCCUGCGAGCUGCCAGUGGCACAGGGGACACGGCAAACCCCCCACGGGGCUUCAGCCCGGCCGAGCGCCCAGCAGACCGCGGCGGCACCGCCAGUGGCAUCGCGGGGGGUGAGCAGCUCCCGGCGGGAUGCAGCCAGGCUGCUCAGGACAGCAGUGGGACUGAGCCACGGGGGGACAUCCCCGCCCCGCUCCUGAGCAUGACUUGAGACCUGCUGGUGGACUCGGUGUUCGCUGGCGUUGCCUGCGGGCUUCGCCUUUCCAAACUUGAUUCCUUAAAGCCCUCGCCAGGCCCUACGGGGGUGGCUGGGAGGGAGGCUCUGGAGACUGAGCAGGGACCACCCUGCGUUGGUUCAAGUGCCUUUAAACACGCACCCAGGGGAGGUGCAGGGAGCCCGAGCUGCAGGGAUGGCUCUAGAGGCACCACCAUGCAACUCUACCUUUCCCUUCUCAAGCUGUAACCGUGCAGGAGAGACUGCACAGAAGCAAUAAUAACGACUUCGUUCCUCGAAUUCACUGUGAAGCUCCUCAAUAAUUUUGUACACCUCCCAUUAACACUUAACCCCACAACAAACCAACACCAAAACAACCAAGCCAAAGACAAAUCUGAGUGUCCUGAGUAGAGGUUUUGUUUUGUGUAAGAAUACAACAGCUCUUAGACAACUACCUGGUGGUUAUUACUUUGCUGACAGCCUUAUUAUGAUGGCAACGAUAAUUUAUUGCCUAUGGUGAUUUGGAACUGAAUAAAUUAUCAAGUAAAUAGUA